AUGGCACGCCUUCUGGCUCCCUCAGACUACCCAAUGUGGUUCCACCUAGAGAGUGCAUUCAGCGCACCUCUAUCCCUCGGCGACCUACUGUGGACCACGACAAAGGCCCAACCCCAGUAUCCCAAGCUACUCUCGACAUCGAGGGGAUCACUCCAGGUGUGGCUCAGAUGGGCCCCAAAAAUGACCGGUGGGAACAUAGAAGCCCUUGCCCCGCUGACUACUCUCCAGCACCACACUCACGACCUCCCCUUGCAGGGAUGGAUAGGACAAGGAGUGACCAGAAUAUCACAUCUCCUGGGAAUAGAUGGUCUACUACCAUUCCCCGACCUCCAGAAAAAAUACCUCAUACCUAACAAGGAGAUCUUCACAUACAUUCGUAUUAAACACAUAAUAGGAGACGUCAAAAAACUAACCAUGCUCACACAACCCCACAACUGUUUUGACACGAUGUGCCUGGGCCAAAAAAAAACCAAAAAGCCAUUGUCCCUAUGUUACCAUCGCCUAUUAGACUUAGACAGGCCAACAAAACAAUCCUACAUGUUACAAUGGGAAAGGGAGCUGAACAGUACCUUUGAGCCGCACAGAUGGAUGAGGGCCAUGUCAUUAGUAAAAAAAGCCACACACUGCCUAGACCACGUAGAAGCGGCCUACAAGUUAUGGCUUCGAUGGUACUAUACGCCUCAACGGCUGGCCGAAAUAUACCCGGGCUCCCGGGCAACGUGCUGGCGCUGUAACCAACAAGAAGGCACCCUAAGCCAUAUAUUCUGGUACUGCCCUGCACUCAGCCAAUACUGGCAACAAAUCCAAGACCUGAUAAAACUCAGAGUAGGGAUAGACCUACCACCUGCCCCUGAACAUUACCUGCUCCAUAUGAUGCCACCCGAAAUAACAGCCCACGAGGCCUCACUGAUCACCCACAUCACGCUUGCUGCAAAGCAACGAAUAGCUGCCCUAUGGAAAUCCACCUUAGCACCAGACAUACAGUCGGUAAUUACCAAAGUGAAUCUCACCCAACAGUAUGAGGAAAUGUCGCACACGAUUAGUGGUACCCUACUGAAGUAUAAGGGCAUUUGGUCCAAAUGGUAG